UUGAGCCAGCUGUUGAAGGCAAAAGCAUUGUCCGGUUUUUGAGAAAUAUUCUCCUGGCCUGUGUCGGCCGCGACAAAUUAACUUCGCUUUCUGCAGGAGCAUUGCAUUUCCACAAAUAAAGAGCAAUGCAGUAGUAACAAAUUGUGCAAAGUAAUCAUGGUGUUCCAAAAAGCUGUGAACACCGGCAAAUUUCGCGCCGACCCGCUGAAGUUCCGCAGCGAAAACAACCAGCAGAACAACGAGAAUCAAGUGAAAAGACUGAUCAACGAUGAUCUGGUCGACAAAAAGUAUGGCUUCGAGAGGUAUGAAGUGGUUGGAGAAAGGACUGGAUUCCUCAUCAACAUGCGAGUGGCGACUAUUGUCAAUGCUGAGGGAGCACUGGUUAGUGCCAUGGACUUCUACUUCAUUGAGGAGGACGGAGCUCGAUUUAAAGCGUCCCUCCCUUAUCAGCCCUAUUUUCUUGUCUUGGCGGAUAGAGAAAAGCUGGACGGGGUUGGAACAUAUUUGACCAAGAGAUUUGUAGGAUUGAUUGCUUCGGUAGAGAAAGUUGUCAAGGAAGAUCUGGAUCUGCCAAACCACUUGGUCGGCCUGAAGCAAAAGUUUCUGAAAUUAAAUUUCAUGACGACAAAUGACUUGGUCAAAGUGCGAAAGGAGCUGGACAAAAUUGUGCAGCUGAACAAGGAGAGGGAGAAGCACGACACUUACUACAUGAGUCUGCUGACAUCAAACUUGUCCAGGGAGGAGCACAGCGAGAAGGACAUGUUGGCAGGUGGGAGCAACUUGGAUGCUCCUGGAUCAAAAACCAUUGGGGAAUAUCUUGACUACAUUAGGGACAUCAAGGAAUAUGACGUUGCAUAUUCUGUCCGAGUGUCGAUUGACAACGAAAUUUUUGCCGGCCGUUGGUACACAGUCAAAAGUCAAGGUUCUGUUGUACCACCCCAGAUCGUACACAGACCUGACCUAAUUGAAUGGCCUGAGCCAAUCGUGCUAGCCUUUGAUAUCGAGACCACCAAGCUGCCUUUGCGCUUUCCCGAGUCCAGCACCGAUCAAAUCAUGAUGAUCUCUUACAUGAUCGAUGGCCAGGGAUUCCUGAUCACUAAUCGAGAAAUUGUGUCUGCUGAUAUUGAAGACUUUGAGUACUCGCCUCGUCCAGACCUGGAAGGCAUGUUUGCCAUUUGGAAUGCUCCCAACGAAAAGGCUUUGAUCGAGCGCUUCUUUUCGCACAUUUUGGAAGUCAGGCCCCAUGUCUUUGUAACUUACAAUGGAGACUUCUUCGAUUGGCCAUUUGUGGAGGCCAGGGCUAAACACCACGGACUAGAUAUGCAGCAGGAAAUCGGCUUUGCAAAGGGAAAUGAUGGCGUUUAUUCAUGUCGUGCAGCAAGCCAUCUAGAUUGUCUCUGUUGGGUGAAGCGAGACUCUUAUCUGCCGAUGGGCUCACAAGGCUUGAAGGCAGUGGCAAAAGCAAAACUGCGAUACGACCCUGUUGAACUUGACCCUGAGGAAAUGUGCCCAAUGGCAAUCAACAAUCCAAGUGUUCUUGCCAGCUAUUCCGUUUCAGACGCCGUCGCCACCUACUACCUGUACAUGAAAUACGUCCACCCAUUUAUCUUUGCUCUCUGCACCAUUAUUCCUCGUGAUCCUGACGAGGUAUUGAGAAAAGGAUCUGGAACUUUGUGCGAGUCGCUGCUCAUGGUUGAAGCUUACCGAGCAAAUGUAGUGUUUCCAAAUAAACAACAGGAAACUCUUAACAAACUUACACCGGAUGGCAGACUCUUGGAUUCUGAAACAUAUGUUGGUGGCCACGUUGAAGCUCUUGAGAGUGGAGUCUUUAGGUCGGAUUUGCCGUGCAGAUUUAGACUGGAACCAGACGCUUUGCAAAUGUUGAUCGACGGUGUGCAAAGGGCAUUGGAGCAUACUCUGAUUGAAGAAGAGAAAAUUGCCCUUAGUGAAGUCACAAACCUUCAAGAGGUGCACGAUGAAAUUGUCGGCAUGCUGGCUGAACUGAGGGACAAACCCAAUCGAAUUGAGAACCCUAUGAUUUACCAUCUUGACGUUGCUGCUAUGUACCCUAACAUCAUUUUGACAAACCGUCUGCAACCUUCGGCAAUGGUUGAUGAAAUGAUCUGUGCCGCUUGCGAUUUCAACAGGCCCAAUGCCAAGUGUCAGAGGAGAAUGGUCUGGACUUGGCGCGGAGAACAUUUGCCAGCAAGUUUAAAUGAGUUGCAGAGGAUUCGCGCCCAGCUUGAGACAGAGCGCUUUCCUUCAGUAUUUCCAGGUGGGCGCCCUCGAGCGCUGCACGAACUGUCUCCUGAGGAGCGAGCAGCUCUUGAGAAAAAGCGUCUGAGUGAGUACUGCCGCACGGCCUACAAGAAAACCAAGGUUACGCGAAUUGAGGAGCGCUGCACCACCAUUUGCCAGAGGGAAAACAGUUUUUACGUUGACACGGUGCGCGCUUUUCGUGACCGGCGCUACGAGUACAAGGGCCUGAACAAAUUGGCCAAGAAGCAGGUGGCCCAGGCCAUUGCCAGUGGGGACAUUGCAGAGAUCAAGUCGGCCAAGAACAGGGAAGUCCUCUACGACUCGCUCCAACUGGCGCACAAGUGCAUCCUCAACUCCUUCUACGGUUAUGUAAUGAGAAGGGGCGCCAGGUGGUACAGCAUGGAGAUGGCAGGCAUUGUGUGUCACACAGGCGCCAACAUCAUCCGACAGGCCAGAGAAAUCAUUGAGCAGGUUGGAAGACCUCUUGAACUGGACACGGACGGUAUUUGGUGUGUUCUUCCAGCAACAUUCCCCGAAAACUUUGAGAUCAAAACAACUAACCCAAAAAAGUCAAAGAUUGUUGUCUCUUACCCAAAUGCAGUGCUCAAUCUCAUGGUUCGAGAAAACUAUACCAACGACCAAUAUCAAACCCUGGUCGACCCUGAAACUCUGAAGUAUGAGAUGAAGAGUGAGAACUCCAUCUUCUUUGAAGUUGACGGGCCGUACAGGGCCAUGGUUUUGCCAGCCUCGAAGGAGGAAGGCAAAAAACUGAAGAAGCGGUAUGCUGUGUUCAAUGACGACGGUUCGCUGGCCGAGCUGAAAGGUUUUGAAGUCAAGCGACGAGGGGAGCUACGCCUGAUCAAGGUCUUCCAGAGUGCGGUCUUCGAAGCCUUCCUCAAGGGUGAUAGUCUGGACGAUUGUUACGCAAAUGUGGCCAAAGUGGCCGACUAUUGGCUGGACGUUUUGUACACCAAAGCAAGCAACCUGUCUGAUACUGAGCUGAUGGAGUUGGUGUCCGAGAACAGGAGCAUGUCCCGCAAACUGGAAGACUACGGCCAACAAAAGUCAACCUCCAUCAGCACAGCCAAGCGACUUGCCGAGUUCCUCGGAGACCAGAUGGUCAAGGACGCUGGAUUGGCGUGUAGGUUUAUUGUUUCAAGGCAGCCUGAGGGGUCACCUGUCACUGAAAGAGCCGUUCCAGUGGCCAUCUUCCAAGCAGAGGAGAGCGUCAAGCGACACUAUCUGUGUCGAUGGCUGAAGGACUCGACUUUGGAAGACUUUGACAUUCGCUCAGUUCUGGACUGGGGCUACUACAUUGAAAGACUUGGAGGCUCCAUUCAGAAGAUCAUCACCAUUCCAGCUGCAAUGCAAGGAGUGGCAAACCCAGUGCCGAGAGUGCGCCAUCCAGAUUGGUUGCACCGAAAGAUGGCUGAAAAGGGUGACUCACGGAAGCAGCGGAAAAUCGACUCCAUGUUCCAGAAGCUGCCUCCAACAGUGGCAAACUUCACUAAUGAGAAUGAUGAGAACACGAAUGAUGUGGUUGAUGUUGAGGACUUGGAUCGGCCUCAAGGAAAUGGCCAGGCACCUAUUGUUGCUACUUGCACAAAGAGAAAAAUAGGAACUACGGAUUCUACAGGGGGCGCAAAAGACUGGAGAAGUUCUUUAGGAAAUCCUCCACGGCCUGGUUCCUCAAGUGAUGAUAUCCAAGUCUGGCUUGAGUAUCACAAGAAGAAGUGGAAAAUCAUGGCUGAGGAGAGACGUCAAAUGAAAUUAAGAGCAAAACUCUCAGCAACUCGAGGCAAUCAAAGUGCAGCAGGAAAAAAUGUUGGAAACAAAAUCUCAAAUUCUAAAAGCGCCACAAACACCAUUGGUGGAUUUUUGAGACGAGCCCAACACACACUCCUGACUUCCACCUGGCAAAUCAUUCAAGUUGCCCAAACCAAUGAACCAGGCGUGUUCAAACUUUGGGCUCUUGUCGGCUCUGAACUUCACCAGAUUCGACUUGUAGUCCCUAGAAUAUUUUAUGUGAACCAAAGGUCUCCAAUGCCUGAGGAAAGAGCCCAUGAAGAAGGCACACUUUGGCGUUCUGUCAACAGGAGUCUUCCUCGGGGCCACCCUGUCAGCCACUUGUAUCGAUACACAGUACCUGAGGAGCAGUUCCAAAAAUACAGCGACAACUUAAUUGGAAACCUCUCAAUGCCUGACAUCAUCGGUGUUUACGAAACGCAAGUUCCGCUUGAGUUCCGAGCGCUGGUGCAGCUGGGCUGCGUCUGUGGCGUUUCCCGAGGCUUUGAAGGUUUUGACUCUCAGGCUGGAGAGAAUACUUUCACCCUGGAGCAGCUGUCGUCAAAGGGCCAAGAACUGGGACAAGGGCCGUACCUUUCUCCUGGGUCGGUGCACUCCCUAUGCAUGUGUGUAUUCAGGGCGCCAGCACCAAGUCCUCGGGCAUUGAUUUGCAUUAUCAUGCCUCCACUGAAGAAGGCAGUUUUUGUUGCUGUCGAUUCUGUGCGCACCAACCAGAUGCCAAACAUCAGUGCCUUGUACACUGCAGAGAGAAAUGCCAGACUGAAUGAUGGCACCAACGAGAAAAUUUUGCCACCUCCUGAGCUCACUUACGAAGUCAGAGUGGAGACUGACUUGAGAUUUGCAUUCCGUAGUAUCCAAAGAGCUCUCCAGGGAUUCAAAGAAGAGAAAAAAGGCCCAGCCAUGAUUGCUCUUCAAUCCACAUUAAGUCUCUCGGACGUUUUGUCCUUGAUGCCUGGCCUGGACGAGUUUCCAGUUGUCCAACUGCAGACGCAGCCUCCAGGCACCAACUAUGCAGACUCUGAUGAAAUGCUUUCUCGCUUGGACUGGCAGCGUCUCGGCACCCGAGCUAUGCUCAAGCGAUAUCUCGACAUGCCAUUGGCCCUCGAGGUGCGGACCAGGCAGUGUCGAUAUCUGCACUUACCGCUCGGAAACUUACCUCCCAUUGACAGUGACGCAGCUCUGUUUGCAACUGAUCUCAUGUACGCACGGCAUUUGCUGAGAAACAACUUCAUCCUUUGGUGCUCCAAUUACGAAACUCCUGAUCUAGGUGGCAAGGAAGCCGACGAUUACUCAUUGAUGGCAGAUACUGAAGAUGGAAUGUCUGUAACAGUGAACAAUCCAGGUUGCUACUCAACCAUCUGCAUGGACCUGACAAUCCAGUCAAUUACAAUUGGAGCUGUUGUACAGUCUGAGCACAUCAAUGAUAUUGAAGGCACAAGUUCCAGUGUUGCUUUCGACAGAGCCCAGCCAGUGUCUGUGAGCUCUUUGGCAGGCGCGAGUUCAGCGAUCGGACCCUCAUCGACCGUUUCUAGUGAGACCUCUACUUCCAGCGGUGCCCUGAGGGUCAUGAAAAACAUGGUUGCUGGCUGGUUGAGAGACUGCAUUGUCCACAAGAACGUCUACUCUGAUGUCCAACUUGUCCACUUUUACCACUGGCUCUGCUCACCACACACUUUGCUCUACGAUCCAGCUCUGCGUCAAGCAAUUCAGCUGCUCUCAAAGAAGCUUUUCCUUCAACUGAUUGCUGAGUUUAGGCGAAUGGGCAGCUCUGUCGUCUUUGCAAAUCUGAACCGUAUCAUCAUUAGUACCAAAAAGACGAGCAUUGAGGAUGCCGUCACUUACACCAAUUUUGCUGUGGACAGCAUUUCCAAUAAAGAACUUUUCCACUGCAUCGACGUCAAAUUCAAGGACUGCUGGCAGUACCUCAUGUGGCUGGGACCAACCAACUAUGCUGGUGUGAAAGGAAAAAUAUCUGAUACGAUGAUGGAAGAACAAAGCUCCACUUUGAAGUCACCUGCGAAGAGCCAGAUAGGCAUGGAUGAAAUCGAAGACAGAGACGAGGACGAAGAAGACCGCGAAAGUGAAGGGGAGGAAGACGAACCAGAAAUCGAGAUGGAGUGGAGUUUGGCCAUGGGUCUGCCAAAAGAAGCUGGUUGUCGGGAGAACUUCAACGCCCUCGUGGCUGGCUACGUCAGCGCCACUUUCACAAAACUCCUUGAGGCGCAGGAGCUGCGACUUGGCAAGGAAGACACCCCAGUGCGAAAGAGGACCAUGUCGCAAGUAGCACCCCUUGGAUCAGUGCAGCAAUCGGCUGCCGAUUAUUCCAAAAGCCUCAUCGCAGGCGAUUUAGGGCAAAAACUAUUUCACAUCAUUGACCAGCUCAAUAGAAAAUUGCCAGGAAACCUAGGACGUGUUAAAGGCAAAGAUGGGGAUUACAUGGCAAAGUUGAGUGGUGACAUCGGCCCUCCUGCUCUGGAAUUCACAAAAGCUAUUUGCAAAGUUUUAGAGCUUGACAGCACUGUCCAAUUAGAAGUUGGCGCUUUAAGAAGAAACAUGUUGCGGUUGAUUGGCGUCAGUGAAUUCAGUGAUCAAGCAGACUGGAAGGACCCUUGCGAGUCUGUGGUGUUGCCUGACGUGCUUUGUCAAAACUGCAGUCUCUGCUUUGACCUGGAUUUGGUUAAACAUUGCCAAUGGCAGGACCUUGAAGAUCCAGAUGAUAGAACGUUACCAUGGGAGUGUCCAGGCUGCAAAAGAGGCAUCACCCCAACAGAAGUCGAAUUCCUGCUUUUGGAGAAUUUCAACAAGCGCAUGCUUUCGUACAAUCUGCAAGACUUGCAGUGCUCAAGGUGUCAGCAGAUUAAAAUGGAAAAUAUGCCUCUGCGGUGCGAGUGUGCCGCCUCAUUCAUCACUACUCAAGAUCCGAAGCAGUUCAAGAAGUAUCUCAAGAAUCUAUCUAUCUUGUCGGAAACUUUUAAAAUGCCCAUUCUUAAUGAGACUGUGGACUGGGCUACAACUACAGCUUGAAUAUAUUUUUAGUGCUUUUGAUAAAAACAAUGAAAUAAAACAUUUUUGCACUUUUUGCAGU